AUGGUUGGUUUUGGAAAAUCCAUCGUCUUGGCCGGGCGGGACUGUUGGAAACAAGCGUACUUGGACUACGAUGGUUUGAAGGAGAUUGUCGAGGAGAUUGAGAUCUGUUUGACCGAGCGAAAAUCAGCCCGAUUUGGUGACAAUCUGACGCCCUCAGCUGCGGGAAACAAUGAAAACGAAUCUGAUCCUACUAUCGAGCUUAAGCAAAGAUUCUUUCUGGAAUUGACGCGGGAAAUUGAAAAGAUCUCACUCUUCACCCUUCAGCAGCAAGGAAAGCUAGCUGAUGCCAUUGGAGCUCUUCGAUUCGAGGAAUCAUCGGUGAAUCUCUUUGAUACGACAAAUCUAUUGCAACAGGGAGAUGAUGACUCGGUGGCCCGUAGCAACGAUCAAUUGGAUCAUUAUGCCGUGCAGGGAGUCCAAUUGCUGCACCUGCUCAAGUUCAUUUGCAUCAACUCAAUUGGAAUCCGAAAGAUCCUCAAAAAGUACAACAAAGCAUUCUCCAAAUUCGACGAACCUCAACACUAUCAUUUUGCAGGUGAUCACCUCCAGCAACUGGCAUUCUCUCCCAGUAUCUGUGCCAUCGAAUCGUCUCUCCAAUACGCCUUGGCAGAAUGCUACCAACAUGGUCAAACCACGGCUGUAACCGAUCACAUGAUCUUGUUGCGAAUCAACCGAUUUCAUUGUGUCAUGGGCUGCUGCCAAACCCUCAGGAGAAAUGCAGAGAUUCUGCAACGCCCCUUCUGGGACUUUAUGUCGCGCAAGUCCAUGAUUGUGGCGGGAGCGGAUCUUGGUGGAAUGGGUGACAGCGGGAAGAAAGCCUUAAAAUGGCUCAUUCGGUUGCACCCCGAUCAACUAUUGUCCAUGAGUGGGGAACAGCUGGAUCGGCUCUGGAGUCAAUGGUCCGGUGGGCCCACGGUUGUGAAGAAGGUGACCGAAGAUUAUCGCAGUGCCAUGAUACCACAACUUAUUUUGGAUACCAUCCGAGAAGGAUACCUCGAGGACGAGCGGUCCGAGAAAGGAGAUAUACCAACGUCAAUCAGCAUUGCAGACGGCAAAAAGUCGAUGUGGGGAGGAGUCAACACUGCAAGCCUGACGCUCAAUCUGUUUUCAACAUUGUUGUACACGGUGAACUACUACAUUAUUGCCCCCACAGCCAAUCACUAUGCCAUCAAGCUGGGUGCUGAUGGUGCCUAUGGGUCCACCCUUAUUGGUGCUUCCAGCUUUUCUGCCAUCUUUGCGGCCUUCUUCUACUCCAUGUGGUAUACCAAGUCAACCUUCCGGUCAUCACUCAUGUUUUCAGCCAUCUGCCCCCUAGUCGGAAACUUUUUCUAUGCUCUGGCAAUCUCCUACAGGUCCCUGCCCAUGGCGAUAUCAGGGCGUAUCCUGUGUGGUUUUGGGUCUGCUGAAGUUGUCAAUCGUCAGCUGAUCUCAGCAUGUGUUGAUUUCGAAGGCAUGACCAAGGCAAGUGCUUUCUUCGUGGCAGCUGGAGCCAUUGGAAUGAGCUUUGGUCCGUUGCUUGCUGCCGUCCUUGAGAUGACAACAGGGAGCGAUUCAGAUAUAGAUAUUCCCUUGCCGUUUGUACCAGCCGGAGGAAUCAUAUUCAAUCACAUUACCAGCCCAGGCUAUACGAUGUGUUUACUUUGGCUCCUUCAGCUAUUGGCCCUUCAGGUGUUGUUUCAGGAACCCCAGCGCAUCAAUAGUGAAGGUGGCGGCAGUGAGCGCACUGCUGGCAGCGACAACUUUGGUUUGACGGAUGAUUCGGGUGACAGCGUGAGUGAUGAAGAAUCUCCUAUGCUGAAAAACAGUGAAAGUGGGUAUGGCUCUGUCCCUAUGGCCAAAGGAAUGGACAAGAUGGAAGCCAAGAGAUUCUCUUUGAUGGAGGAGGCAGCCAUCACCACAUCUCUCAUCUUUCAGAAUCCCGGCCUUCCAGUGACAGUGUUGCUGUUUGGAUUUGUGGAGCUGGUUUGUGAGAUUCUGAUUUCAUCUUGCUCCAUGGUGACGAGGCGCUACUUUGGAUGGCGUGGAGCAGUUGCGGGGUUCCUCAUUGGUAGCCUUGGCGCUCUUGCCAUCCCUGCCCACUUCGUAGUGGAGAAAGCUUCCCAUCACUAUUCCGAACGAAAGAUCUUGUCGAAAUCGCUUGUAUUCAUUUUGUUCAGUACGCUCGGAAUAUUGAAUUGGUCCGGCUUGUUUUACGAUGUCGAAGGAAUGAUAUCGGCACCGGAAGAACCUCGAAAUGCCACCAGUAUUGGUGGCGAUCAAGCCGUGGCCAUUCUUUUGAAUGCUCGCGGUGAAUUCCCGUACGAUUACGGUUCUGGCCCCGCCGUGUACAUUGUGUUCUUGUCGGCCAUCUUUAUGGGUACGAUUGUGUUGGAAGGCGUCGACACGAGCAUCAUGGCCAAGUGCACACCCGCCAAGUUGAAUGGGAAUUUCUUCAACAGUGGACUGCUGGCCACAUUGGUGGGCACGUUAGGCCGUGUGGUGGCCGACAGCAUGAUUACACUGUGUGCUCUUUUGGACAUUCACGUGUUUGUGGACUUUGUCAAUGCGACGUUCUUUCCAAUUCUCGUUUUGACAUUGGCUGGACUGUAUAUGGUCCAAAAGUUGUACAGCAAGUUGGUCUAG